GCCAAAUUCCACCGUAAAAACCUGGUUUAGAAAUCAAUAAUUGUUCUUGUUAUUUUCACCUCUCUGUGUCAAUCGCAGAUUUGUGCUCGGUACUGAGCAGCAGAGAGUAGUGGACAACCUGUGGAUAGCGACAACAAAACAAAACGACGCGUAUCGCACCGAAUCACUCGUACAGUCUCCCAUCCCUCGUUCUUAACGUACGCCGGGGCCUGUGUAUCCUGCUCCCCAAUCGCCCAAUGAGUAGAUCAUCAGCUGCGCUCAUUUUACUUUUCGUAGCUCUUGUUGCUUUGCCGGCAUCGCUUGCUGAAUCCGAAGAUUCGAAACUGCUUGAUGACCGCGACGCCGGUAAUGUCACCGCAAGUAAUAUGACUGCGGCAAAGGAGGACACCUUUGCGGACAUUAUCGACCGAGCACUGGAGAAAGAGUUUACUGAGAAUGAGGAUCAGAAUAAAGCAAAUGAUGCUGGUAGCUUCAACAACAGUGUGGCAGAGCAGCAGGCAGUUUUGGAAACUGUAGCUAGAGUCAAGCCAAAGAAAAAUGAGACCAAAACAAAGGACGAAAAAUCCUUUAAACUUCAUAGUGUUUUCAACCUGGACAAUGACAAUGGAGCUGAAGAAACCCCAACUUUGAUUGAUAGAAAGGACAACGUUUUCAUUAUAUCAAAUUUCAGAUCUAAAUAUCCAGUGCUGCAGUUAGACUUGAGGCUUAUAUCAGAUCUUGUCGUCGUCAUCGUGUCUGCAACUUGUGGUGGAAUUGCUUUUGCUUGUGCUGGACAACCGGUUAUUACUGGAUACUUGUUAGCAGGGUCCAUGGUUGGACCUGGAGGUUUCAACGUUGUCAGUGAAAUGGUGCAAGUCGAGACAGUGGCUCAGUUUGGUGUAAUCUUUCUUCUUUUUGCUUUGGGUCUGGAGUUCUCCACAACAAAGCUUCGAGUUGUACGAGCAGUUGCUAUUCUUGGAGGCUUACUCCAAAUUCUCCUAUUUAUGUGCCUCUGUGGAAUUAUAGCCUUGUCAUGUGGUGGUCGGACUUCGGAGGGGGUAUUUGUUGGUGCAUUUCUCUCCAUGUCAUCUACUGCAGUUGUAUACAAGUUUUUGAUGGAGAAAAACAGUACUAAUGCUCUUCAUGGCCAAGUUACUAUCGGCACUCUCAUUUUGCAGGACUGUGCUGUGGGUUUACUGUUUGCGAUGCUUCCAGUCCUGGGUGGAACUUCAGGUGUUCUUCAGGGAGUAAUAUCCAUGACUAAAUCGUUGGUGGUGUUAAUUGCAUUCUUGGCUGUUCUGUCGAUAUUCUCACGGACAUGUGUACCUUGGUUCCUCAAACUUAUGAUAAGUUUGUCAUCACAGACCAAUGAACUCUAUCAGUUGGCUUCAGUUGCAUUUUGCCUGCUUGUAGCUUGGUGUAGUGACAAGCUUGGUUUGAGUUUAGAAUUGGGUUCAUUUGCUGCCGGAGUGAUGAUAUCAACAACUGAUCUUGCUCAGCAUACACUUGAACAAGUUGAACCUAUUCGCAACAUAUUUGCUGCUCUUUUCCUGGCUAGCAUUGGGAUGCUCAUCCAUGUUCAUUUUCUCUGGAAUCAUGUUGAUAUCUUACUUGCAUCAGUUAUAUUGGUGGUGGUUGUUAAAACCAUAGUAAUUUCUGCAGUUGUCAAGGGGUUUGGCUACAAUAACAAAACAUCAGUUCUUGUCGGGUUGUCUUUGGCUCAAAUAGGGGAAUUUGCAUUUGUACUGCUCAGCCGUGCUUCUAAUCUCCAUCUCGUUGAGGGUAAAGUGUACCUACUGCUUCUUGGAACGACAGCUCUCAGUCUGGUACGAAAUCCUUGUACAGCUUUUAUGCAUGUAUAUCAUGUUUGCUGCUUCUAUAUGGAGAGAGGUGUCGCAGACAUUCUACAUUGUAACUACUCCAUUGCUUUUCAAGUUAAUACCUGCAGUUGUGCACCUUGGAAUUCUGUUAAGGUGGUUCUCCCCUGAUGGUCAAAGCGAGCUUGGGUUUAAAGGUGACAAUCUCCGCUCAGACAGUGCUAAGCAGAAAAUUGCUUUAAUAUCCAAGGAUCUCUUGAUACACGAAGGAUGAAGUUAAUUGUGAAAUAAGAACUCCCAAUUUCCUGCGGAAAACAACAGUGCUUGUGUGGUAUCUCCUGUACAUCUCUAACCAAAGUAGAGAAAGAGUCUAACGAGCCACAAAAAAAUUGAACACUCAUUAGAAGGUAAUCUAACUGCUAGACACACUAACGGCCAGAAAGAAGCAUGUAAUCACUCUACUCCCUUUGGGAUUAUAUUUUUUUCAUAUUCUUUUCCUUAAAUGUAAAAUAGUUUCUAGUUUGUAAUGCAUUCUGACUGUUAAUCCUUUUUCCCACUUAGUUUCAUUUUAUUUGUCCCGUCAACUGGUAGAGUUCAGUAUGUAUCCAGUUACAUUUUGCUAAAUAUAAAAAAAUCAUGUAUAAAAUGCAAGUCUUGAAGAGAAACUGUAUGAAGUGGAUGUUUAUCUCCCAUAUUACCAAGUGAUAUUUAUUGCUGGA